AGAGAAAUUGAUGGAACUCGGUGUAGUGUUUGCGCUUGUGUCUGACCACGGCUGGACAGCAUUGCUGCCACGAGAGUCUCGCGAUAACACAUUUAUCUAAUAUCAAAACCCUGACAUGGCUCAAAGAGUCCCGUUGAUUAUAUUAAACACCGCCUUGAGUUGGUCAAACACUGUAGGCCCAGGAAAUGGUGCUAGGCCAGGUGCGCAAUCGCAGCUUCAACUGACGCGAUGCGGCUCCACGCUGAGGAGCAGCCCAGACCCCGCGAUAGACAACAACAGAGCCGCAGGAAAUGAUGCAAUCUCAUAGCUGCCGCAACGGGUCCCUUAGCCUGGGUCAACUCUGGGGUAAGCUGCAGGGCCGAUCUCGCCCCAUGGAAUGUUC